GCGGGGCCCGGGGGCUGUGAGGCCCGGGGCGCAGCCUGGGGACUGGAAUGCCCCAAGGCUCUGGGGCGCACAAAGCGCAGGCGCAGCGGGUUGGGUGGCAGCAGCAUCAAGUAGCGGCCGCUUUGGCAGCAGCAUCGCAGCAGGUGCAGACAGGUUCCUCCUGACUCCGCCCUGGAGAGUCCUUUUGAAGAAAUGGCCCUGGUGAGGGGCGGCUGGCUGUGGAGACAGAGCUCCAUCCUCCGCCGCUGGAAACGGAAUUGGUUCGCCCUGUGGCUGGAUGGGACUCUGGGCUACUACCACGAUGAGACAGCCCAGGACGAGGAGGACCGCGUGCUCAUCCACUUCAACGUCCGAGACAUAAAGAUCGGCCAAGAGUGCCAUGAUGUGCAGCCCCCCGAGGGCCGGAGCCGAGAUGGGCUGUUGACUGUAAACCUACGGGAGGGCGCCCGCCUACACCUGUGCGCAGAGACCCGCGACGAUGCCUUAGCGUGGAAGACGGCGCUGCUGGAGGCGAACUCCACCCCGGCCCCGGCUGGAGCCACCGUCCCUCCCAGGAGCCGCCGGGUUUGCCCCAAGGUCAGGUGUGUGACCCGCUCGUGGAGCCCCUGUAAGGUUGAGAGGCGGAUCUGGGUGCGCGUCUACAGCCCAUACCAGGACUACUAUGAGGUGGUGCCCCCCAACGCGCAUGAGGCCACGUAUGUUCGCAGCUACUAUGGGCCGCCCUACACAGGUCCCGGCGUGACGCACGUAGUGGUGCGGGAGGAUCCUUACUACAGCUCGGGCGCCCCCCUGGCCAUGGGCAUGCUUGCGGGUGCCGCCACGGGCGCAGCUCUCGGCUCACUCAUGUGGUCGCCCUGCUGGUUCUGAGCCCUAGGAUCUGCGCAUAGACCAAAAAGACCCCUUCCUUCCUGGGCCCCAACCUCCACCAUCCAAGCCCUGUCCCACUUUGGCUCCUUCCUUCCUAUUAGCCUCUUCUGGGCUUGUUCAUUCCUUCCACUCCCCACCCCGACCCUCACCCACACACUGUGCUAUCAACCAAGGCACAAACCUAGCUCAAAAUCUUUAAAUCUACCGCUAGACACCCCAGAAAUCCAUUAUGGACACAGGUAGAUAUGUUUUCCGCAAACACACCAGGGCACAGAAAACACAGCUCAUGGGACUUCAAGUUCUCCAGGCACCGAAGACACAGCAGCUCCAGGUUUGGUGGAGCAAACGGGAUUAAACAAACACGUUAACAAGGGGGGGUCGUAGGUAGGUUAGGAGUACAAUUCUUGGCAAGAGUGCAGAUCCCUGAACAUAAUGGCAUGUCCAAAGAAUUAAAAGGAAGUUCAUUUGGGCUGGGGUGUGGGCAGAUCAUGAAGGCUCUCCAAGCUAAGGAACUUGCUGGGUAAGGGGGAGCUGUGAGCUUCUUGGAGAGAAGUGUCAUGGUGAAUAUAUUGCCUGUGUUAGUACCCGAACCCCAAACUCUCCCUGAGUUUAGCCCCAUCCUUCCCACAACCAGAUUUCUGGGUCCCUUGUUCCUUCAGUGCUCAGAAAGUACCUGUUUUCCGUGUCAGGGUGCCUGGAACAGCAGUUGAGCUGAAACUGGAGUCCCAUUGCUGGGGGUGGGUGAGCUCUGCUUGGGACUUCCAUCAAGAAAUGCAUUUCUGUUCUCCAGGAACUUGGCUCCCUGUCAUAGCUGCGGCUGUCACCAUCUCAGGCUUUGUCUCUUCCUUCGGUGGGGGAGAUGGCAGUGUUCACCUCUGAGGCCUGACCCACCUUUGUCUCAGUCUGGGAGGCCCCAGUGUGCCUCCCUGCAGGUGGCCUGGCAGUCUCCCCAUCUGGUUCCCUUCCAGUCUUCUCCCCCAUCCUGUCCCAUCACCAGUAGAAAUGCUAAUAACAUCCCUGCCCAGUAGCCAGAGUAGCCUACUAAAGUUCCCUUCUAGAUAGGGCCUCCAGUUGCCCUGCGGCAGAGACUAAUAAAGGUGCUGUUGGCUCUA